AUGCACCCCAGCACCCACGCCGCCCCGGACCCCGAGGCUCAGCGGCCGCUCGCGCCCUCGGGCCGCUCCUGCCACCCACUGCCCUGGGCCCUGAGCGCCGCGCUGCUGCUGCUCGCCGCCGCCUGCGCCGCCUGCCUGGUGCGCGCCUGGGCCGCGCCCGGGGCCCCUGCAUCGCCGGUCCCCGGCUCCGCGCCCAGCCCGAGACUCCCGGAGGGCCUGGGGUUGACGCCCGACGGCCGCACCCGCCUCCCCGACUCUCCGCAGGGCGUGUUCGCACAGCUGGUGGUGGCCGACGGUGUACAGCUGACCGAAGGGCCCCUGCACUGGUGCAGCGAGCGGGGAAUGACAGGUGUGACCCUGGCGCCCGGUGUGAGCUACGACAAGCACACACACGAGGUGGUGGUGGCCCAGGCCGGAGUCUACUAUGUUUUCUUGCACUUGGCGCUGAAGCGUGUGAUGGCCAGCAAUGGCAACAGCUCCGUCUCCGUGGCCCUGCGCCUGCGGCCUCUCCAAGCUGGGGCCGCUGCCCUGGCCCUGACCUUGGACCUGCCACCCUUGGGGAACUCAGCGGCUGGUUUCCGGAGCGGCCUGCUGCACCUGGAUGCCGGACAGCGCCUGAGCGUCGACCUGCGCCUCUCGGUCCGGGAGCCUCGCGCCUGGCAGCUCUCGGCAGACGCCACGGUCUGGGGCCUCUUCCACGUGGCCACCCAAGGCCCCCCGGACUCCCCUUGAUACAGCUGACGUGACCCCCAGGCCUAGGUGCCACCCUCUGGACCAAGACUGAAUCUUGCCUUCCUUUCUUGGGGCCCCUGGUGAUGGGGUCUAGCUACUCUACCUCACUGGUCUGGGCCGGGGUCCUUGCUGCUGACCCCCUCUUCCAGGACUCUCCGGGUCCCUCUGUCACUUGGUAUUUAUUCUGAGCCUGAGCUCAGACAGUGUACGUUAUAUUAAUCCGUUCAACUUAUAUUUAUUGAGCUUCUGCUCCGUGCCAGGCACUGUGCAGGGCUAGAGAAACAUCAACAAAUAAAAAAGACACCCCCCCAUCCUUAUUUAUGUUAAUAUGUGAGAAAUAGAGACUCAUUCCCAGUACCCUCCCCCCACCCCAUGGUACUCAUGGGGCUAGCUGUGGUAGUCCAAGUAACAAUGCUGUGUGAGCUUUACUCAUUCAUGCAAAUUUUAUCAGGCACUGUUUUAGGUGUUGGGGACACAGCCAUGAACAGGACAAGACAAAACCCCCAGCUUUUGCCAAGCUGACGGUCUAAUACGCUGGCUUGACACUGUGACUGUGUGU